AUGGCUUCACUUCCGAGCUUCUCGGCUUUUGGCCGAACGAGAUCCUCUGAUACUACUUCUCCGCCCGCCUCCUUAUCGUCGCAGCCCGACCAACAACACGCCACCCCCAGCCCUUCGACCGAAUUACCAGCGGAAGAUGAAACUGUGGUCCUCAACAAAAAUGUAUCAGAAGAAAUUGGGAAAUCUGACGUAAAAGUGAUCUCUCGCCCCGCGAGCACGCCACAGAUCGCCGACGAACCCCGAAAGUGCUGGAUUUGUUACACCGACGAAACAGAAGAUACUCCACUGAAUUCAGAAUGGCGAUCCCCCUGCCCGUGUGCCUUAACAGCGCAUGAGCUCUGCCUUCUCGAUUGGCUUGCCGACCUUGAGAACCCUCGUGCCCGCAAACGCACCGGUCGACAUGCGAAAAUGGUAUGCCCGCAGUGCAAGACCGAGAUCGUUGUCGCCCGCCCCCGAAGCUAUAUUGUGGAUGUUGUGCGGCUGGUUGAGCGAGUAGCCGGCCGACUGGUGGUUCCGGGGAUGGUGUUUACGCUGGCGGGCACUGUCUGGGCUGGUUGCUGUGCGCAUGGAGUAUACUCAAUGUACUUCGUCUUCGGGACAGAUGAGGCGAAACAGAUACUGGAAGAAGCGGCGGAAGGCACUUGGAACUCCGGCCUGAAUCUUGGGCUGCCGCUCAUCCCCUUGGUGCUGAUCUUUUCUCGCACCCGCUACGCCGAGGGUCUCCUCCCUGCUAUCCCCGUUCUAUUUUUCGCAACGCAUAAUCAGGGACAGGAACCAGAUAUUGACCUUUGGCCACCCAGUGCUGCCGUGACAUUUGCAGCCCUCCCAUAUAUCAAGAGUUUCUAUAGCGCCCUCUACGAAAGAUUGUUUGGCAAGUGGGAACGGAAGUGGAUUGCCGAGGUACAACCAAGGCAGUCAGAUAUCAACGAAUUUGACGACAACGCACCGCCUGAACACCCGGAACCAGACCAGGAGGAAGUUGAUGAUGGGGUUUUGAUGGAGUUUGAUCUAGAAUUCCAAGUUGGAAUGGCGGGCGAAGAACCACAGGAUCUACUUGGUCUGGGAAACCGAGAGCAACAACAGGGCCCAGGACAGAACCAAGGCCCCGGGAUAAAUGGACAUAACAUCGUCAGCGAUACAAGCAGCCUCGCAGAUAUUGUCCUUGGAGCGCUCGCGUUCCCAGCUAUUUCAGCUUCAAUGGGAGGACUCCUCAAAUACGUCUUGCCAAAGUCAUGGACGACGACAUCGGCCCUGGAACGAGGACGACCAGGUCUGCUACAGACUAGAUGGGGCCGAAGCGUGAUUGGGGGCUGCGUAUUUGUGCUUCUCAAGGACGCGCUGGUUCUUUACUGCCGUUGGAAACUAGCCCAAUCGCAUAGGCGUCGCAAGGUGCUGAAUUAUGAUCGGUCAAAGAAAAAGGUUACCGGGUAA